AUGCAAGCUGCAAGAUGUCCCACAGAUGAACUCUCCUUAACCAAUUGUGCUGUGGUCAAUGAAAAGGACUUUCAAUCUGGCUUGCAUGUAGUUGUGAAGACCUCACCCAAUCACAAAUAUGUUUUUACACUGAGAAGUCAUAUAUCUGUUGUCCCAGGUAGCAUUGCUUUCAGUUUGCCACAGAGAAAAUGGGCUGGCCUUUCUAUUGGGCAAGAAAUCGAUGUUUCUUUGUAUAACUUUGAUAAGACCAAGCAGUGUAUUGGCACUAUGACUAUUGAGAUAGACUUCCUGCAGAAGAAAAAUAUUGACUCAAAUCCCUAUGACUCAGACAAAAUGGCAGCAGAGUUCAUCCAGCAAUUCAAUAACCAAGCAUUCACAGUUGGACAGCAGCUUGUAUUUACCUUCAAUGACAAACUUUUUGGCUUGUUGGUCAAGGACAUUGAAGCUAUGGAUCCUAGUAUUCUUAAAGGAGAUUCUGCCACAGGUAAAAAACAGAAGAUUGAAAUAGGUCUUGUUGUGGGAAAUAGUCAAGUUGCAUUUGAGAAGGCUGAGAGUUCUUCUCUUACUCUUAUUGGCAAAUCCAAAACUCGGGAAAACCGUCAGUCUAUCAUCAACCCUGAUUGGAAUUUUGAGAAGAUGGGUAUUGGAGGUCUUGAUAAGGAAUUUUCUGACAUAUUCCGAAGGGCGUUUGCCUCUAGAGUAUUCCCACCUGAGAUUGUGGAACAAAUGGGCUGCAAACAUGUGAAAGGUAUCCUCUUAUAUGGCCCUCCUGGCUGUGGUAAGACCCUUAUGGCCAGGCAGAUUGGCAAAAUGCUGAAUGCCAGGGAGCCAAAAAUUGUGAACGGGCCCGAAAUCCUUAACAAAUAUGUUGGAGAAUCAGAGGCCAACAUUCGCAAGCUCUUUGCAGAUGCUGAAGAAGAACAGAAGAGGCUUGGGGCAAAUAGUGGUGUUCAUAUCAUCAUCUUUGAUGAAAUCGAUGCUAUCUGCAAACAAAGAGGGAGUAUGGCCGGCAGCACUGGCGUCCACGACACUGUUGUGAACCAGCUCUUGUCCAAAAUUGAUGGUGUUGAACAGUUGAACAAUAUCUUAGUAAUCGGUAUGACCAAUAGACCAGACCUGAUUGAUGAAGCACUCUUACGACCUGGACGACUGGAAGUGAAAAUGGAGAUUGGCUUGCCUGAUGAAAAAGGUCGAAUGCAGAUUCUCAAUAUCCAUACAUCAAGGAUGCGAACCCACCAACUGCUGGCUUCAGAUGUGGAUAUUACAGAGCUGGCCGUAGAGACAAAGAACUUUAGUGGUGCUGAACUUGAGGGUCUGGUUCGGGCAGCCCAAUCCACAGCUAUGAACAGACAUAUUAAGGCCAGCACUAAGGUGGAAGUUGAUAUGGAAAAAGCAGAAUCUCUACAGGUGACAAGGGGAGACUUUUUGGCUUCACUGGAGAAUGACAUUAAGCCGGCAUUUGGGACCAAUCAGGAAGAUUAUGCAAGUUAUAUUAUGAAUGGCAUUAUUAAAUGGGGUGACCCUGUUACUCGGGUGCUGGAUGAUGGGGAGCUUCUUGUUCAGCAGGCCAAAAAUAGUGAUCGUACUCCCUUGGUCAGUGUUCUUUUGGAAGGUCCCCCACAUAGUGGGAAAACAGCUUUAGCUGCAAAGAUUGCAGAAGAAUCUAAUUUCCCCUUCAUCAAGAUCUGUUCUCCUGAUAAGAUGAUUGGCUUUUCAGAAACUGCCAAGUGCCAGGCAAUUAAGAAGAUCUUUGAUGAUGCUUAUAAGUCCCAGCUCAGCUGUGUGGUGGUGGACGACAUUGAACGGCUUCUUGAUUAUGUUCCAAUUGGGCCACGUUUCUCCAACCUGGUGUUACAGGCUCUUCUGGUAUUGUUGAAAAAAGCACCACCUAAUAGCCGCAAACUCUUGAUCGUUGGGACUACUAGUCGCAAAGAUGUCCUCCAGGAGAUGGAGAUGCUUGAUGCGUUUAGCACUACUAUCCAUAUUCCCAACAUUGCUACUGGCGAUCAUCUCAUGGAGGCCCUGGAGCUCCUGAGUGUCUUCAAAGAUAAGGAACGCAGCACUAUUGCUCAGAAUGUCAAAGGGCAGAAGGUCUGGAUUGGCAUCAAGAAGCUGCUGAUGUUAAUUGAGAUGUCACUGCAGAUGGAUCCUGAGUACCGGGUGAGAAAAUUCCUGGCACUUCUACGAGAAGAAGGAGCCUAUUGAGAAUAAUGUCUGAGGCACAACUGGCCUGCGAAUUUGCAUGCAGUUCCCCUCUUUGGAUGACCAUCUCUGUGUGCCACCACCCAUUCCCCAAGACCUGCCUAUCCUUGUGGCUGUUGCACUCUCUCUCUUUGCAGUAGUCCACUGGAUUUAGAAUGAAGCUUGAACCUUGUUAAAGGCUGGUGACCUGGAAAAUAGCCAAGCAGAAGACUGCUUCUCUGGGACCUUCCUCCAUGUGGCACGUUUGGACAACUGCAUAAUGCUUGGUUCUCUUCAGAAACUCUCCUGAACUUUUUUUUUGCAUGUUAGAUACAACUAAGUACUUCACCUUUGUCUUUGAUAUCCUGGUGUAUUGUGACAAAUCAAACUUAUUCUAGAAUAACUGCUUUGUUGUAUGCACCCACUUGAUUGAUAUUGGUGCACAAGCAAAGGAGUGGAAAUAUGCCAUGUGCAGACUACAUACAUUAAUGUUGAAACUCAGGCGUAAAAUAUGGGGAAAUCCCUCCAUUCUUAGCUUACACCAAUCCAGUGUGAAAGCUAAUAACAGUCUGCAUGGUUAUAAACACUUGGUGUUUAUUUUUCCCACCCCAAUCUUGUUAAAUAGCUGCUUGUUCUUGUAGAUUUGUCCCAUAUUGUGGCGUUUCAGACUCCUCUCAAGAAAAUACAUAUGUGGUGUAAAGCCUCUCAUUUCAGAUGAAUUAAGCUCCAAGGGCUGCUUUCUACCUAGAUUUUAGGCAAGAUUAACUGCUGGCCUGCAAGCACACAUCAGCAUUUGCAGUGGCUCAGCUAGUUGAGGUCCAAUAGAAUUUGAUCACCAGCUACAGAAGCAACAGUGGAGCAUCUGACAUGCCUAAACUAUGAACAGGCAGCAAGCUGCCCUUGAUUCCCAUAACAUUUUGAGAACAUUCUUAUCUUUUGUCACAUUGACCCUUACCUGCUACAAUCUGUCUCCUUUAUGGAAAUGUUGCACAGAGUUAUUUUUAAGAGAUCUGUCAAGUAUGCAGUUGUAAGAUGUUGAGCUCAUAAUGUAUCUUCUUUCCUUCCUCUGCCACUUAGCAAGUAGCUUAUUGACAUUUAAUCUCAGUCACUGUGGUUGGCUGUUGUCUGCUGUUGGCCUCAUAUUCUGCAUAGUAGAAAUAAGGGAAAAGCCUAAUUUGCCUUUUCCAGAAGUGUUUUCCUGUGAUUUUUGGUGUACAAUGCAAUAUUGAAUCAGUGAGAGCAAUAGGCUGCUAUUUAGAAUGCUCAAUCACUUAUUUCUUAUCAUUCCAUCCUUUAGGGUAAGCACACUGACCAACAUCCUAAAGAAUGUAGUAUGUACUUAAAUUGGAGCCAGUUAGCUACCUAUCAUACUAAUUAUAUCACACCUUAUCCUUGCCUAUCAUAUAAGUAAUUUGUUUGCAAUUCUUGUCAAAGGGAGUUGCCUAAUAGAAUAGGAAGUAUGAACUAGAAGGAUGCAGUUGAGUUUAAGGUCUUCUAAAUAGCUAGAAAUAGAAGGAAACUAAAUGCAUAGCUGUCAUUCCCUCUUGCAACAAAACAUUUAUUGGCUCUUAAGCUCUUUUUUAGAAACAGUUCAUUGCAUGUAACCCAUUUACUCACAUUCAACAAAUGGGCUACUCUAUUAUUGGCGUGGUUCCCUUUCCCUGUUUCUCCAAGUUGCUAAUUUGGAAGAAUAAAAACAGUACUUGACAUCUUCCAAUUCUGUGCUAAAAAAGACAGACCUGCAAUGUUAGAAACUGCUGCAGUGUAUCUGAACUAUAAUGGAUAUUUAUUUUACUAUGGAUUAGAAUUGUCUCUUAUUCAUAUUUAUUGAUUUUCUGCCAUGAACUGUAAUGUGUGAAUGUCUGGUGGACAUGUAAAGACUUCCAUGUUUUGUAGGUGAUAUGAUUGAACUGCUUUCAGCUAGACUUUUCUCUGCUGUCCUCCCAAACUCCUCCCCCCCCCUUUCCUUCCAUUUUUCAUUAAAAGCGAAGCAUUCAUAUUGUAUUCUCUUGGAUCAAAUAAUAUAAACAUUUUUAUUGUGGGUUCUUUUGUCCAAAGCUAUACUGAAAAAGAAAAAUACAAAUAUAUAUAUAUAUUUUAAAAGAUUGAUUGUAUGUUAAAAUGCAGGAUGCAAUAAAAAGGCACAAAUGUUU